AUGACUUUAACUUUAGUUUAUUUACCUUAAUUAAUAGUACCUAUUAUAAAUUAGAAAAUAUCUUAGUAUUUAUAUGUAACACUAUCUUAAAGCUAUUAAUAACUGCUAUUAGAGAUAUCCAUUUCAGUGAUAUUAUGCAUAGAGAUAUUAAACCUAUAAAUAUAUUAUUCAAAAAUAAAGAUUCCAUAAAAGGAUUAAAUAAAUAUUUACAGAAUUUCAUAUUAGAUGUUCAUAAAGAUCCCCGAUAAGAUUUAAGAAUAUGAAGAACCUCUUUAGAAAAAUUCAAAGAUAUUUAAAUUGUAUUAAUUUCUUUUAUUUAUCACUAUUGGGGAUUUAUUUCCUCGAAAAACAUCAAGUGAAAAAUUAUUGAUUUAUGAAAUAUACAAUAUAGACUUUAAAAUUUUAUAAUUGUAUAAACUAGCACUAGAAGAAACAGUUCUUCUGAUAAACUUCUUGAAAUUGGCUCAGAAAAAAGAAUAAGAGUAGCAGCUUUCUAUCUCAUCAUUAUUUUUACGUGCCGUUAUUCAAUAAGAUUAAUAGUAAAUGGCUAUAAAAAUGUCAAUAUAAAUUGCUAAAACUAUGGACAGAAGGAAUAAAUCUUCCUAAAAAGAAGUUUUCAAAUUGAAAAGCAUCAUGAGAAAUUAUAAGUAUCAAGAAUCAUUCGUAUUAGUGGUGCAAAUUUCAAAGUAAUGA